CCGGGAAGCAUUUUCCUGGACUCGUCAGCUGGACGCUAUACUAAUAAUACUCGCCAGUCAGGAGAUCCUCGCGUACUAAGCUCGGACAGCAGUUCUUAUAUAGUUUCCCAGCAGCCCGCCUGUGUCAAGAUUGACCUCCCUUUUAGACGGACUUCCAACCUCCACUAUGCCCGCUCCUAUUCCCCCAGCUUCUCCUUGGGGUCCUCAAACUCUCCCACCCACCUGGACCCUUUCUGAAUGGCAGCACACAACUAGACAAGACCCUCUCGUCAACCACGGGAAAGAUGACCAUUUGCCUGAUAAAGUCGACAUUGUCGUGAUUGGCUCUGGUCUCGCUGGAGCCAAGACGGCACACUCGCUCUUGUCGUCCAGCCCAGAGGAUUCUCGCCCUUCACUAGUCAUUCUGGAAGCUCGCGAGACUUGCUCGGGGGCGUCAGGUCGCAAUGCCGGCCAUUGUCGGCCAGAUGCUUUCCGAGGAUUUACAGCUUUCUCAAAGAUCCACGGCAAGGAUGAGGCAGCAGGCGUGUUGGUGAGCGAGAGCAUCACUUUAGACAGGGUGAAGGACUUCGUCAAAGAACACGAUGUUGACUGCGAGUUUACCGAGCGGAUGACAUUGGAUGUGGUUCUCAAUGAAGAGUUCAAGGACUAUUGUCAGACUGCAAUGCGCGAAGCGAAGGAACAUGGCCUUGACGUUUCUCAUAUUAAAUAUUUUGAGGGCGAGGAUGCCAAGAAGCUCACUCGUUCCCCUCGGGCUAUAGCAGCCUAUCAAUGGCCCGCGGCCUCCCUCAACCCAUCCAAGCUCUGUUACGCCGUCCACAGAGUCAAUCUGUCACUUGGGGCCAAGUUAUUCACUUGGACGCCUGUCACGAAUGUGACUGAAGCCAGUUCCUCUGGUGAAGAUGGGGCAUACAAGUGGAAGGUUGAGACAUCCAGAGGAAGUAUAGCAACCAAGAAGGUAGUGUACGCGACAAAUGGGUAUACAAGCCUUAUUCUCCCCGAAAUGGAUGGGCUCAUCAUUUCUCAUAAAGCGCAAGCAAUCAAACUUACUCCACCUCCAUUGGGGAUGGAUGCAUUCCCGAGGAUAAAAGACACAAUGUCACUUCGCUACCUUGACCGCUUCUACUCUGUGAUGCAACGACCCGACAACUCUAUCGUCCUAGCUGCACCUCGCAAGUGGCCAUCUCAAGAUCCAUCAACUUUUGCUUCACUCUUUGGGACAUAUGACGAUUCGCAACCACUCCCCGAGCGCACCGCGAACGCUUACUCCGAAUUUGCCAAGACGCUUCCUGGUGGUGGCUACCGGGUAGAGAAGGAUGAACGGGGAGUAAUCAAGGAAGGGCAUGGUGGAUUGGAUUACUCAUGGUCUGGUAUACUUGGCGUUACGCCGGAUAACGUUCCUUUCUUGGGUGCGAUGCCAGGCAAGGAGGGCCAAUACAUUAUUGCUGGUUUCAACGGACAUGGUAUGGCACGUAUCUUCCAUUUGGCGCCUUGCUUGGCCAAAGUGAUCAAGGGCGAAGAGUGGGAUGAAACGGUGCCUAGGUGUUUUGAGGUAACGCAGGAGAGGUUGGAGAAAUUGAAAAGGGAUGCUGGCAAAUCCAAUAUAAGCGUAGUUAGUGAACUAGAAGAGAAGGCAAAGGGUAUAAAGAUCUGAAGAUAGUGUUAGUAUGUUGAUGGUAACCAUCUGAGAAGUCCGUGAUAUGAUAUGCUAUGUU